UAUUUUUAUUUUAAAUGUAGAAUAUAAUAUAGCGAUAGUACAACUAAGCAACAGCUAACUACAAUUUUAAUAUUUUCCUGAAUGGGUGACAUUUGGGUAUCACCAUUUUUCAAAUCUCGUUAGCAUAACAACCCUCGCGAUAGAGAGUAAUAGAAUUAAUGUGACGUUUCUCUGUAUCGGAUAUGAUUAUUUUCUAUUAUUUUCAACGUGAAAAAUGGCUUUACUUAUAUAAUGUAAAUUUUGCAAUUUUUUUCAUAUGACAUACUCAUGGAUUUUUAUUUUUUUUAGUCAUGCACUGAGGUGUAUGUCUGGAUUGCUUUAAAGUCUUAGAACCAAAAUUUCCGAGGAGAACCUUAAGGUAGCAGUAGACAACACAGUAACCACUGGCGUUGUUGUCUCAGUUAUGGCUUUGUGUCUCUUCCGAUAGCUAACCUGUGUCGAUUUUAAAUCAGUAUCUUGCCUUCUUGGGUUUUAUUUUUUUAUGAUUUAAGCAUACACUUGCAGCUGCAACGUCCAAAUUACAAAAACGAAGAUGACAUCUAAACUGAAAGUUGGGAAGGUUGGCUCCAAGAAUAAGGAGGAUGCUCCUUAUGAGCUGGAGAGCCAGUUUGUCCUGAGGCUGCCUUCGGAGUAUGCCUCAACAGUAAGAAGGAUUGCCCAGUCUAGCAGUAUGAACAUGAAAGACAGACUCACCAUCGAGUUGCACCCCGAUGGUCGUCAUGGCAUAGUGAGAGUGGACCGAGUCCCCUUGGCCUGCAAACUGGUGGAUUUGCCCUGUAUGAUUGAAUCUCUGAAAACUGUGGACAAGAAGACAUUUUACAAAACUGCUGAUGUCUGCCAGAUGCUGGUAUGUACACUAGAUGGAGACCUUUACCCUCCUUUAGAGGAGCCAACUGGCACCGACCCUAAAAGCAAGAAGAAGGACAAAGACAAGGACAAGAAAUUCAUUUGGAACCAUGGCAUCACCUGCCCCCUGAAGAACACACGCAAGAGAAGAUUUCGGAAGACUGCAAAAAAGAAGUACAUUGAAUCUCCUGAUGUGGAAAAGGAGGUGAAGAGAUUGCUCAGCACAGACGCUGACGCUGUCAGCGUCCGAUGGGAAGUAAUAGCAGAAGAUGAGUCUAAGGAAGCUGACCAGCACGGCUCUCUCGCCAACCUGGACUCCUCACCUGGCACCUCAGGACACAAGAUGGGUCACGGGCCCUGUGCCCAGCGUGAUGAACUGAGGGAGAUCUUCAAUGACAUCAGCAGCUCCAGUGAGGAUGAGGAGGACGAAGGGGACCGGCACGAGGACGAGGAUCUUAAUAUCAUGGACACGGAGGAUGAUCUGGUCCGACAGCUCCAAGACAAACUCAACGAGUCGGAUUCCGCGCAGCAUGAAAAUGACAGAAACAACCAGAUAGUUAUGGAGUAUCAGGUGCAGAUCAACAGCAUCAAGGCCAAGCUUCAGGACACCCGCGCCCGAAAGAAGCAGCAGGAGGAGCUCAUCAUGAAAGUGGAAAACCAGGCCCUCAAAAACCGUUUCCAGGCCUUGUUGGAUGAGAUUAUUCAGCAGGAGGAGCGGGAGAUGGAGCAGCUGGCCUCCCUGCAGGAGCAGCUGGACUCACUGAUAGAGAAAUGACCACCAGGGGGCAGCCUCACGUCAUCUUCAGCCCGCGCACGCACGCGCGCACAUGCACACACACGCGCACACACACACACACACACACACACACACACACACACACACACACACACACACACACACACACCAUCAAGAGGAGGAGAAGAGUCUUCAUCCAGGGAGGAUGGAGUCUUUAUUAGCUAACAUGCUGUGUCAUUCCUUUCACUUUUCAUUUUCAUAUAUUACAACUAAACAUGAUGAUUUUUGUAUUCAAACUUAAUAGGUUUUCUUAGGUUGACAGCAUUUGUUCUUCCUUACUAUAUAUUACAAGUAUUUGGUCAGCUUCAAGGGGAUGAAUAUCAUGUCUGUUUUUCUUGCCAUCAUGAAUCUAACUGAAUUUUACUUCAGUUAAACAUCUUUGUAUUUCAUUACUUGUAUAAAAAAUAAAUUACAGCGAUACACAUGAGUCAAAAAAACUGU